GAAGCCAGGAGAUAAGCUCACCGUUGUUGCAGUUCUCUAUCAGUUUUAUACUCCUAUGGGGUACUUAAGCACAUUGGACAGCAAAUCACUGGUUGGAGCCAACAAGAAAGCAGUAGAGAUGCGAGCUGCGAGGAGGAUGGAAGAAUACCAAAAUAAUGAGGAGCUUCUUGAGAUUUCUAAACUGUAUGAAUCACAGAAGGUUGAAUUCAGGAUAGAGUUGGUCACGGCAACUUCAGCUAAGGAGGUUGCUUUAGACAAAGCGAAAGAACUAAAUGCAACUUGGGUGAUAUUGGACAGGCAGAUGAAGAAAGAUGAGAAGUUUUUCCUGCAGGAGCUUUCUUGUGGUAUAUCAAGAUUGAAGCGUAACAAUAGGAUUGAACAUUUGAGAGGCCCCCCAGUUCUCCCCACAGAGAUAUUUAUCAGUCCUGUACCAGGAUGUCAUGACGAUGAGGAUAACAGUGUGGAAGACCCCAAGAUUGGUCAAAUAAAAGAGGAUCUUCCCAGCAUGGAAGAAGAGAUGCAAAGAAACUCAGAUAAGGGGGAUGACUUUACAUUUACUGACAGUAAUCAAACAAGUCAGACAAAACCUGAUGAACCCAGAACAGUUGUAGAAGAGACAUGGAAGAGCAUCCAUGAUGAAGGGCAGCACUUCAGGCAGGCAACAGGAGGUGAUCUACACAUAGAUGGAACAAAAGCUGAGCUGCUGAGCCAUGAUCAAGAAGAUAAAACAGAUGGAAAGCAAGAGAAGAGCAUUUUUGGGAAUACAGAAUGCUCUAUCUGCUCAGUCUGCAAAAGUAGACGGCCAGAUAGUGGAUGGAAAAAGGACUUCUCAUAUAUCGAACUUCAAGUUGCUACAGAUGAAUUUUCAAUUACCAACUCACUUUCUGAAGGAGAAUGUGGAUCUACUUUCAAAGGUCAGCUUGAUUGUCAGCUGAAAAUAGUGGUGAAGCAGCAUCGACUCACAGAUGCCCAAGUAGAGAAACAAAUGAUGUCUCAAGUGCAAUUGAUCCUCAAGGCUAGACAUAAGAAUGUGGCCAUGCUGUUGGGUUCCUCCAUAGAAGAAAGUCAGCUACUAGCUGUAUAUGAGUAUGCAUGCAAUGGUUCACUUGACAAGCAUCUAUCUAAGAAUAGUUGCAGGCCAUUAAGCUGGGGAAAAAGGGUGAAAAUAGCUGUAGGUGUCUCCAUGGGUCUAAAGUACUUACAUGAUAAUAACAUAAUUCAUGGACGUAUAAAGCCAAGCAACAUUCUUCUAAACCAUGAGUUCGAACCAAUGCUUGGGAGAGCAAAAUGUGAAGCAAAAAAGUCCCACAAGGAUAAAAGUUUGGUAUACGCAGCACCAGAGUGUUUGGAGAAUUGGAAACUAACAGCCAAGACGGAUGUAUACUCCUUUGGAAUGGUUCUUUUAGAGCUUAUCACUGGUCAGAGGGCUACAGACAAAAUAUCAGGAGAGAAAAACCUUGUUGAAUGGGCAAAGCCUCUUCUUGGAACAAAGAAGUAUCCGCAAUUGGUGGAUCCUGCAAUUGGAACCUCCUACGAAGAAGAACAACUUCACUGGUUGGCCCAAGUGGUCUCUGAAUUACGAGGCAUAAUAGAGAGUGAAGAGGGCUGUGUUACUGUAGACUUUUCUCCAGAAAUUUCAAGAUCAACAUGUGGCAUAUCAGACAUUACUUCUACUCAAG